GAAGACGUUGACCCGCAGUUUCACCUCUACGGAGACCGCAAUCUCUGGAUCUUAAAACCGGCUGGGAAGUCUAGAGGUCGGGGCAUCUUCGUCACAGACCGUCUGGAGGAGGCACUAGACUGCGGGAGAGGUCAAGAAGCCCUUUGGAUGGCGCAGAAGUACAUAGAGAAUCCUCAAAUCAUCAGAAACAAAAAGUUCGAUGUACGGCAGUGGGCGUGCAUUACAAGCUGGCAGCCGAUGGGAAUCUGGUUCUACGAUUGGGCUUACCUUAUGUAUGAUGUUUAUUGGUUUUGAUAUUAAUAUAUUUUUAGCACACUAAGGAACAAGCUUCAGCCUAAUACUAACUCACUACGGACGAAGGUACGGAGGGCGGAUAAAUUGUGAUUACAGCAUUAACAAGUAACAGUAUUAUUUUCAUUAUCCCAUGUUGACAAGAACAUUCUCUCGUCCUCCUUUAACUUCCUCCGUUUUGGUUUUGACGACUACGAUAAGGCUGAUACCGGCAACAAAUUUGCACAUCUGACGAACAACAGUAUCGUCAAAUACGCGGAUAAGUUUGAGGAGACGAAAGACGACACCAUGUGGGACUGCGAAGAGUACAUCGCUCAUCUCAAAGUAUGCGAAGAAGCAAAGCAGUAUAGAACUAGAAGUCUGGUGGAGGACGACAUGGAUGCAAAUGCAGUAGAAGAUG